AUGUCGAUGUCAAAGUUACUCGUCCUGCUCGCAGUCACUGCAUCGAGCUUUGCGCUACCAGACGCGACUCGCAUCCUAAAUGCUCGCGCUUCAACAUGUACCCCCAAAGCCGGAGGAUCUUCCUCUACGGAUGAUGUACCGGCAAUCACAUCUGCGAUCGCAUCGUGCGGUAGCGGUGGGACCAUUGUGAUUCCUUCCGGUACCACAUACUACCUGAACAGCGUGCUCGACUUCGCCGGGUGUGCAAGCUGCGACUUUCAAGUCGAGGGACUUCUCAAGUUCAGCUCGGACACGGAUUACUGGGAAGGACGCACGGCUAUGAUCAAUGUCAAGGGUAUUAACGGCAUCAAGAUUCGCUCGGUGACCGGGUCCGGUGUUAUUGAUGGUAAUGGGCAAAAUGCCUACGACGUUUUCGCUGCAGACAGCAGCUACGCUCGCCCAACACUCCUCUACAUCACGGGUGGAUCAGACAUCACAGUAUCAGGCCUCCGACAGAAAAAUCCCCCAAACGUCUUCAACUCUGUAAAAGGAGAUAGCGACAACGUCGUUUUCUCGAAUUUGAAAAUGGACGCUACCUCCAAGAGUAGCAACGCAGCUAAGAACACCGAUGGAUUUGAUAUCGGAGCAAGUACCAACGUCAUCAUCUCGAAUGUCAACGUUUCCAAUGAUGACGACUGCGUUGCUUUCAAGCCCGGUGCCAACGGAGUCACAGUGACCGACAUCACCUGCACCGGCAGCCACGGACUCUCCGUCGGAUCUUUGGGCAAGAGUUCGAAUGACGAGGUGAAGAACAUCUACGUCAAAGGUGCGAAUAUGAUCAAUUCCACCAAGGCUGUUGGCAUUAAGACAUACCCGUCUGGUGGCAGCCAUGGACAGUCGACCGUGUCAAAUGUGACCUGGACAGAUGUGACGGUGCAAGGAUGCGAUUAUGCAAUUCAGAUCCAGAGCUGUUAUGGCGAGGACGCGGCGUAUUGCGCUACGUAUCCCGGUAAUGCGAAGUUGACGGAUAUCGUCUUCAGCGACUUUAGCGGGACCACGAGUGGGAAGUAUGAUGAUGAUGUUACGAGCAAUCUAAAUUGCGGAUCUGAUGGGACUUGUGGCGUGAAGAUUAGUUCUUAUGCUGUUACUUCGCCGGAUGGGAAGAGCGAGGUGCUUUGCGCAAAUACACCGAGUGGGUUGGGGGUGACUUGUACUUCUGGGGCAUCGGGAUAG